AUUCUUCCUUAGCUUCAAGAAAAACCCUUCAAAGUUCCAUUGGUUUCUUUUAAAUUUCUGUAUUAACCCUUUUGAAAAAAUGUUUAAAGGCAACAAAUUUGACUCUUUUUUAUAUCUUUUCUUUUCUUUUUUACAUGUUAAAGGAUACAGCUUGAAUCACUACUUCCGUGUCUGAACCGCUUUUGCGGGUAAGAAAAAGCCUUCAUUCCCUCUUCCUAUCGCUUCAUUCCUUUCCUUUCCUUUCCUUUCCUUUCCACUUUCUCUUACCCUCUUCCCCUCUUCUCAAUCCAAUUCCAUAACCAUGUCUUCUCCAAGCAAGCGACGUGAAAUGGAUUUGAUGAAACUGAUGAUGAGUGAUUACAAGGUGGAAACAAUCAAUGAUAGCAUGCAAGAGUUUUAUGUGGACUUCCAUGGACCUAAAGACAGUCUUUACCAAGGUGGUGUUUGGAGAAUUAGGGUUGAGUUGCCAGAUGCUUAUCCUUACAAGUCACCUUCAAUUGGCUUUGUCAACAAAAUUUAUCAUCCAAAUGUUGAUGAAAUGUCGGGCUCAGUUUGUUUGGAUGUUAUCAACCAGACAUGGAGCCCUAUGUUUGACCUUGUAAAUGUUUUCGAAGUGUUUCUUCCACAACUUCUCCUGUAUCCGAACCCUUCGGAUCCGUUGAACGGAGAAGCUGCUGCAGUAAUGAUGCGCGACCGCACUGCAUAUGAGCAAAGAGUAAAAGAAUACUGUGAGAAAUAUGCAAAGCCAGAAGACAUCGGUGCUGUUCCUGAGGAGAAAUCUAGUGAUGAGGAGCUGAGUGAAGAUGAUUAUUCCUCAGGUGAUGAGGCCAUGGCAGGUCAAGCUGAUGCUUGACUUUAAUGGAAAAACAAACAUCAACCCUCCUCUUCUGCUAUGUUCUUUGUAAAUGAUUGAACAAAAAAAAAAAAAAAAAAAACUCAGUAACCAUCAAAAAUUGAAAGCUAUGGAGAAGGUUCCUAGGCUCUACUGUCUUUUAUUUUCAGGAUGGUUGUGUACAUUAAUCAAAACUAUGAUAUAAUGUUUCAUGUAAUUGUCAUUUAUCAAUCAAUCUAUAAUCCAACAGAUCAGAUACAUUUCUGAA